UUACAAUUUUUCGAACUGUCAAAAUAGCUGAUUGAAAAACACGUACCCGCAGAAAAAACAAAAUUAAUAAAAAUAGCAAACACUCACUUUUGCAAAAUUGGCUGAAGAAAAUUUUAAUUUCUAUCAUCUACACGCAAUUGUAACAAUUUAAUAUUUUUAUUCCUUAACUAAAAUGAGCUGGCUUACAAUAGGAAUUAUUUUGUAUAGUUUAACUUGUAUAUGCUAUUCAGAAAAUGACACAUUUACACCGACAAAAGAAUGGCAAGAAAUAAAACCAGGCCAAGGUGUUCCAGCGGGACUACAUAUUCGUAUAAAUCUCGAAACCGGAAUGAAAGAAGCCAAACUUUUAGACAAAAAUAACGAAGAAGAUUCAGAAAUAAAAUCCUCAUCCAGCUUGUCUGUGACAAUACCAGAAGAGAACACGGAUACAGAAACUAACCCAUCAGACAAAAAAAAAGUUAAACUGAACAAAAUACUCUCGGAUGCCCUCAAGACUCUGCCCAAGGGUACUUUAGGAAUUGACUUCAAUUCUGAAAAAUUCGAAAAAAUUAAAAAAGACUACAAAAGCUAUGACGAACUCAAACGGUCUUUAAAAGAAAUGAACAUGAAUUUUAAGUCAGAUGCAGAAAUAAUAAGCGAAUUAAUCAAAGACUUUCAAAAUGUAACAAAGGAAGAAACUAAAAUAGCAGACGUGGUAAGAAUUCUAGACAAUUUUAACUAUCUUGUGCACCAGAUCGAUAAUGCUAUUUGGUUUAUCGAGGAAAACGGCUUAGAUCUAGUUUUGUUGCCGAAUAUUGUGAACAACACGAACACAGCACUGAGAGUGCAAUCAAUGAGAGUAUUAGGAGCUCUAACACAGAAUAAUCCCAAAGCCCAGAUCAGUGUUUACGAAAAGAACUUCGGAAGCUAUCUCAGCCAAAUACUGAUCUCGUCUGCAAGCACAGAUGAACUCUCUACUGCGUUGUAUGCCUUUGGAAGCUUGCUUCGAAAAUUUCCACAUGCUCAAAAAAAUAUUCUCUCUAGAUCGGGCAUACGGUCUUUAAUAACAGUUCUAAGCAAGGAUUGCGAAAUAAAAAUUAAAGCCAAGGCGCUCACACUCAUCUCAGAUCUGAUUGUGGAAAAACACUUGGCAGUGGCCAAUGCAGCCUCACAAGAUGCUUCUCAGUAUUUUGAUUUGAAUUUCGAAGAAUGGCUGACUUCGAAUGAGUUCUGCCAAACAGUGGAUGGAGCUAUAUCUCAAAAAAUGUACGACCUGAUUGACCAACCCGAUAUAACUGAAUACUUUGUUCAAUCACUUGAUAUCACGGCACACAUAUGUCAAAGAGUUUGGUCACAAAGUGCUCAGUUGAGACACACUUUGCUCACAAUUAAAAACCGUUACAUUCAUACAAAUGAGGAGUAUCGUUUAGAGGUGGCAAAAUUGAUAGAGCAAUUGACAAGAUUGCUCUUUAGAUCACCAGUUGAAAUUAAGGAUGAACUUUAGAAAGAGCAAAAAAGACGGCGGUGUUUUGUUUUCAACAAAAAUACUCCUUAAGAUCAACAAUAAAUAAUGGAUGUUUGUAUCAAAUGAAUGUUGUUUAAUGUUUUUGGAUGAAUAAUAGAAAUUUCAACUUCCAACCCCUGUUCUUCCUUGUUGUUACGAAAUAAAUUUAACAUUGCCGAUCGAAAAAAAGCAAUAUAAUUUAACUAACAGUGUUGAAUUUUUUUUGACAGAUUAUUAGAAUAAAGAAAUUGAGCUUUCAAAGAUAA